AUUUUUUUUGCUGUCUUAAAACUGGUCUCUCGAAGCUCAUGAUUGGAAGAGAUUAAGCUCCAAAUUUAGUCAGAGUUUAAAAUUUGAAUGGGCAACAUGUUGCGCAUUACUCGUCCUCUGAAAAUUGAUAAUAUAAUAAAAGGAAUUACAAACCGUAAAAAACAUAAUGGAACGGUAAUUGCAAUUAGGCGUGAGGACCAAUCUGUUUGGGAACGUCGUGCACCCUUUAAUCCAGCGACAGUAAAAAGACUAAUUAACAGAGAUGGUGCAAAAGUUAUAGUUCAACCAUCAAAUCGUCGAGCUUAUCCCAUGCAGGCGUACUUGAAUGCGGGAGCUGUAAUAAAUGAAGACAUCAGCGAAGCUUCUAUUAUAUUUGGUGUGAAGCAAGUUCCAGUUGAUGCACUCAUUCCAGGAAAAACUUAUUGUUUCUUUUCACAUACAAUCAAAGCACAAGAAUCAAAUAUGCCAUUGCUUGAUGCUGUACUCGAGAAAAAUAUUCGUUUGGUUGACUAUGAGAAGCUUAUGGAUAGAAAUGGUUUGAGAUUAGUUGCAUUUGGUAAAUAUGCAGGAGUUGCCGGUAUGGUAAAUAUUUUGCAUGGACUCGGUUUACGUCUUUUGGCACUCGGACAUCAUACACCGUUUAUGCAAAUAUCACCGGCACAUAAUUAUAGAAAUUCAAUGAUGGCACGUCAAGCUGUUAGAGAUUGUGGUUACGAAAUAUCUUUGGGAAUGAUGCCAAAAUCUAUUGGACCAUUGACGUUCAUUUUUACGGGCACUGGAAGUGUCUCUCAAGGUGCUCAACAAAUAUUUCAAGAGUUGCCAGUCGAGUACGUUCCACCCGAUAUGCUUAGAAAGGUUGCUGAACAUGGAAGCCAAAAUAAACUUUAUGGUUGUGAAGUAUCUAGAAGUGAUCAUUUAGAGAGACGUGAAGGCGGAGGAUUUGAUCCCCAAGAAUAUGAACAAUACCCUGAGAGAUAUGUAUCGACAUUUAGCAAGAAAUUUGCUCCGUAUGCUUCAGUUCUUGUUAAUGGAAUUUAUUGGGCAGUCGGUUCACCGAAAUUAAUAACAAUUCCUGAUGCAAAGAAUCUAUUGAGACCUGCCAACACUCCAUGGCUUCCAUCAUCAGUUGGCGCACCUUCUUUGCCUCACAGAAUGUUGGCAAUUUGUGACAUUAGUGCUGAUCCUGGUGGUUCUAUUGAGUUUAUGAAUGAAUGCACGACAAUUGAUACGCCAUUCUGUCUUUAUGAUGCUGAUAGAAAUAAAGACACGAAAAGUUUUAAAGGUCCUGGAGUGCUCGUUUGUUCAAUUGAUAACAUGCCUACACAAUUACCGACAGAAGCCACAGACUACUUUGGUGAAUUGUUAUAUCCAUAUGCUCUCGAUAUUUUAAAGUCAGAUGCGUCAAAACCACUUGAAGAACACGAGUUCUUGCCAGAAAUUGAUGGCGCAAUUAUUGCAAGUAAUGGCAAAUUAACACCAAACUUUGAGUACAUAAAUGAAUUGCGAGAAUCAAACGUCAGAUCUAAACAUAAGUCAGAUGGUACGGAAUUCCGUAAACGAGUCUUAGUUCUAGGAGCUGGUAUGGUUUCAGCUCCACUUGUUGAAUAUCUUAGUCGUAAUAAUGAUAUAAGCAUGAAGGUAUGCUCGCAAGUUAAGGAAGAAGCAGAUCGUUUAGCAAUUCGUUAUGAUAAUGUUGAAUCAUUUUAUAUGGAUGUUAAUAGCAAUCAAGAACACUUGGCGAAACUUUGUGAAGAAGCAGACUGUGUUGUAUCAUUAUUGCCAUAUAGUUUGCACGGGCUUGUUGCAAAAUAUUGCGUCGAAGGAAAAACACAUUUAGUCACAGCAAGUUAUGAAUCAGAUGAGGUAAAAUCAUUCCAUCAAGCAGCGAAAGAAGCAGGCAUUACGAUUUUAAGUGAAUGUGGGUUAGAUCCAGGAAUUGAUCAUUUAUUAGCUAUGGAGUGUUUCCAUGAUGCCAUUGAUAAUGGUGGAACAAUUGAAUCAUUUGUCAGCUAUUGUGGAGGUUUUCCAGCACCUGAACAUUCUGAUAAUCCACUACGAUAUAAAUUCUCAUGGAGUCCACGAGGAGCCAUCAUUAACACUUUAUCAGCUGCUAGAUAUUUGAGUAAGGGACAAAUUGUUGAAAUUCAAGGAGGUGGAGACUUGAUGUCUACUACAAAGGAAUUAGAUUUCUUACCAGGAUUUGCGCUUGAAGGUUUCCCAAAUCGUGAUUCUAUGCAUUAUUUGAAGCUUUAUGGACUUGGUCCACAAGUUCACACAUUCGUUAGAGGAACAAUUAGAUACAAGGGAUUCACUGAGUGCAUUAAGACAAUGCAACUUUUGGGAUUAAUUGAUACACAAAAUCAUCCAGCACUUCAUCCUUCAGGACCAGAAAUAACAUGGAGACAACUGAUUACUAAUUUACUUGGACUUAUUGACGAAGACAUUUUCUACGAGAACCUUAAAAUGAAGCUUGCUGAUCGCGUAGGAAAUCCAGAUUAUAUCGAGAAAUUAGGCUUAUUGGAUCAAUCAACGAUUAUUAAGCAAGGAUCACCACUUGACACAUUAAUCUACUAUCUCUCUAAGAAAUUGGCAUAUGAGAAGAAUGAACGUGAUUUAAUUAUCCUAAGACAUGAUAUUGGAAUUAGAUGGGCUGACGGAAGACGUGAAGAACGUGGCAUUAAUUUCGUAUGUUAUGGUCAACCUUCAUCAAGUACAGGACAUUCAGCAAUGGCAUUAACAGUCGGAUAUCCAGCAGCAAUUGCCACAAAAAUGAUACUUGAUGGAGAAAUUCAAGAACGUGGAUCUGUAUUGCCAUUAUCACCAGAUAUCUUUCGUCCUAUGUUGACUCGACUUAGAUCCGAGGGACUUGAAGCAACGGAAAUUAUCAAGGAAUUGUAAAUUGAUCACGCAGAGACACAUAAAAUAUUUAUUAUGAAUAAAAUUACCAUAAUGAAUGUUAUUAAGCGGAAUGGAAAGAACCUUUGUUCAAUUUUUAUUCUGUAUGUAAGACGGAGGGGGGCGAGCGGAAAAUAAUCAUGAAUAAAACUUUUAUGCUUACAAUUUUUUUAUAGUACACAUAUGUAACCUUAUUGUUUUGUUUCUAUUAUCAACAAUAAAAUAAAGUAUUUUCGACAAAUCCCUACGAUGUUGGCAACCAUACGUAAAGAAACUCUUUUUAUAUUGAUUGCAUGAUUUACAACAAACU